UUGUCGGAGUCCGAGCCCAGGUUUUCGGUUUUACACCAUGUACUGUACAGCUUUCUAAAAUGAAUUGAACAAGCCAAGCUCAGAGACUUCCUAGCUAACACUGUUUAUUAGCAAUCAUUUAUUUGCAACAGUAGGCUACACUGGGCUCCGUUAGCUAUUCUGAACAUUAUUUUGUCCGAAGUAGCUAGUUACAUUGUUGCUAGCAUGUACAAUACUAAUUUGUAACAAGCAGGGCAUUGAAACCCCGACAUCCGUAGGAGUUUCAUCUUGGGUUUAUUUGUUCAUUUGGGUCCAACUACUGCACCAGCUACUCUAAUAGUACCAGAGGACACAUAAAACACUAAUACACUGAUUGACUCGAACAGCCAAACGCAUAAAAAAAACCAAUAGUCCCACAAAUGUGAAGUACAUCUAAUAACAGCUUAGCGUCUUUACGUGGGUGUUUCUCUUAUCACAGGUCUUGUUGUCCCGCGGAAAUGUUUGUUGUUUAAAGGGUAGGUUCGCUUGAGCCUUGGGGAUUGAAGAUAUAUGUGGUCGUUAUUCUUCACAAUAUUAUCCCCUACCUACGGAUGGCAGCCCCUGAUGCAGAGUGUCCGGCAUGGCUCUAAGGCAGUCACACGUCAUCGGAAGCCCAUGCACAUCCUCAAACAGAAGCUGAUGGCCAUCACCGAAUACAUUCCCCCCAAACCUAGCACCCCCCCUGGGGCAUUGAUUCCCCGCGCCAGGCCAGUUCAAGAGGAAAAUGGCCUGGUGCUGCUCUUGAAAAAGGAGUUGCAGACCAUUUUCCAGGAGUGUAAGAUGAUCGCUGUGAUCCAAAACAAUUCCAUCAAUUCAGAGGACAUGCUGCAUCUCAAGCACAGGCUUCGCAAGCACAGUAUCACAAUCAAGUUCAUCCCAAACCAGGUUAUAAGGUCCUUCCUGGCGGACAGUCCUUACAUUAACAUGGGGCCUCUCUUCAUUGGCCCCACUGUUUUAUUUGUUAGUAAAGAGCCAAAGGUGAAGGAGAUGCUUCUGAGUUUGAGGACAAGCCCCCAGAUGAUAUUACUGGGAGCCUGUGUAGAGAAGACGCUGUUGAGUCGACAGGGGGUGCUGAACUAUGCCAAGCUGCCUUCCGUCACCAUGGUCCAGGGGGAGCUGGUGAGCGGCCUCACCAUGCUGACCUCGCGAACGGCCUCCCUGAUUCGGCGCCCCCCCGCCCACCUCUCCCUUCUACUCCAGCAGUACCUCAAACAGCAGGCCGGUGAUGCCAGUGCUGAGACGACCCCGGGAGAUAGCCCCGCCGACGCGUAGCGGACUGUCUCCGUCUUGGAGAUUCACCUCUGUGGGGGAGGAUGUUGGAGUAACCAUGGCUACUGGGAGUGAUGAAGUGGUCGCAUGUCUACAGAUUUAAAGGCCCAGACUUCAUUAAAAGCCUGACGUCGAAGGUCAUACAUUGUACAGUCAAACAUGAACUGCUACGAAAAAUGUUAUUCCUUUUGUGCUUUAUUUGGAUUACUACUCAUGUUUUGUCAUAUUUAAGGGCCUUGAUGGCCAUAUUAAAAACGUUAUGGUUUAAAAUGUGUAUUA